AUAUUAUUUUUAUUUAUUUAUGAUUAUAUUUAUAGUCUUUGUAAAUUGUGAUAUGAUUACCAGUAGUUGGUAUUUUCAACAUGGCGAUUAUUGGCGCGACGAAAUAACGGCAUCAUUACCCUGGUUACAAUUACUGUAUUCUAUAUACAAACAAAAGAAUUGAAAAGCAUUGGAAUUAUUGAAAAGAAUUGAAUUUCCAUCAUUUUUAAUUAUUUUCAAUCAAUAUUUUUAAACGAGGUUAACAUUCUGCGGCAGACUUCAACUGGAUAGAGUUUUAUUUUUAGUAAAGUCGUUCAUGACUGAGUUGCAGCGGAACAAAAAACAUCGAUAUGCGAUUAAUCGAUUCUUUUAACCCAUCUCUACGUCUCAGUCCAUACUAUAUUUGACAUCGAUGGCAGUUUUGUGUUGAUUUUCAUUUUUCAUCGUUUUGCUGAAACUUAAAACUGUUCUGUUUACAAAUUCAGCAACAGUCGAAAAAAAGUCGUAAUUUGCUUUUUUACUGAUCUGAUUAUAAAAAUGUUUUCGCAAAAUGGCUGUUAUUAUGUACACCUGCUCGAAUAUAUACUGUUUAGUUAAGUGUAACCUUUUUUUUAAAAAAAAUAAUUUGUAUUAAAAAUUAUUGACAAGACGUUUGUGGCAAAGGACACUAACUCAUGGGAUGAAUAUUUUCCAAGGAUUAAAUAAAAAUAUAUUUCGUAGCAGCCGCUGGCGGCACGAAUUUAAAUAUGUUCAGCAAAAAAUUGCACGUAGACGUCAAAAAGUCGACGUUGAAAAUUCAGGAUGUGAAAAAGGAUAGUGCUACAAGAUUCAAACACUUGAAAAUUGUAUUAGAAAAUUUUGAUACUGAUGAAGCAAAAGGAUUUUUCGAAGGAAAUUUCAGUCAUGUUUAUUUCAUUCUACAUGAUUGUUUUGUGACAGCAGAAGCCAAUUUACGACAAAGAGAACUAUCUUUUCAUCUUGUACACAAAGCUCACAGAGAAGAAUUAGAGCAAGUUCUCCUAUUGUUAGAAAAAAUACUGAUUUUACUACCAGAAUUAUUAAACCGAAGAUGGCAAUGCCACAGCUUAGCUAGAAUUUUACAUAAACUAUUGCACCCUGGCAAUAGUUGGAAGCUCAGGCGACAGGCGUUAAGGUUUUUCAUAUUAUGGUAUCAAGCUUUGGGAGAUAAUGCUCCGGAUCACAUUCACCAAAUGUUUGCAUGUCUAGUUCCUAAUUUUUCAUCUCAUCUGCUAUUCCGACAUCCAGAGCACCGAAAAAAUAAAAUACACUCCGGUAUUACAGAGGAACAUGAAAAACGCGAGUUUUUCGAAAUUCAACAUCCGUCUGCUGUUUUUCAUUGCAAUACACAACAAGGACCGGUCACACAACCCAACGGUACUCCCAUUCUGCCUGUCCAGAGUGGAGAAAAACCCCUGGACAAUGAGACUGUUAGAUUUUUCGAAGCUCUACUGGAAUUUAUGGUGACCCAAGUUGUGAAACUUGAAUGGCGAGAUAAACAUACACGACAGCACAAAUGUUUUCAGUUUCUCUUAGAACGUUUCAAAGCCACAUACUUACGACAAGUCUGUCCUGGGUUCAAUGACAAUUUUUCACUGUACAAGCCAAGCUUAGAACUUCCGACAAUGCGACAGCCAUCAAGUCAGAAUGAAAACAAUUAUACUUUAUGCAAAGUCGCCCUGAUCAAAUGGCUGGCUAAUUUCACCCACAUUUCAAAAAAAGACAGACCCUUUUCAAAUCAAUCUAAUUCUGUUACUUCAACUGAAGACAACACUGAAAUUGACGGAAGACGUGUCUCCGUUAGUCAGAGUACUGAUUCAAAUUCUUGGUCGUCCGAAAUACCAUUGUCUCAGCAAGAUAAUCAUACACAUGAUAGUCAAAUUGCUGUGAUGUUAGUGCGAGACGUACUGUACGGAAGUCGCGAAAAUGUUAAUUUCGUACAUGAAAUUUAUCGACAAGCAUUUCUAUUAGACUUUACUCACGCUGGCGCUAUUAGAAAAGCGAUUGCUGUUUACAAGGACUGGAUUCAAAUGAAUGAAAUCCCGCCUUUCAUGCUUGAACCAUUAGAUAAUCUCAAAGACCGAGAGAAUGAAGAUUCUAAGGCCAAUAGUUUAGUAGAGAACGAGAAUGACAAAAGUCCCUCUGAUAGUUAUCGUCUUACUCGUUUGAGAAAUGACUCAUAUUUGGGAGCGAUUCAUCGUGAAAAUUUAUUCGUGAGGGCUGGCUUACAAAACGUACUUCAACUAUUUAUAACCCAAGCUUCUAAUGUAUUUUUCUUAGAGAACGUUAGUGGAAAUGCUUCAGCAGCCCUGCUCGAAGAACAAAUUGAUAGUUGCAAAAGAGUUCUGAAUGUCUAUCGAUAUGUCGUUAUGCAUGCACGAUUGGAACCAGCAACUUGGGAUCAGUUACUUCGAGUUUUAUUACAAAUAACAUCAUUAGUAUUAGGAGAAAAGUCACGUCGUAAAUCUCAUGAUAGUAUUGGCGGGAAACUUGCACCUGCAAUAUUUCAAACACUUAUUGUUACAUGGAUAAAGGCAAAUUUGAACGUUGUCAUACACAGUCAACUUUGGGAUCAAUUUCUCGAGGUCUUGACCUCACUCACUAAAUGGAAAGAAUUAAUUCGUGAAUGGGCUAAAACACUGGACACAUUAACAAGAGUACUAGCGCGGCAUGUUUAUAAUCUGGAUCUUAAUGACUUGCCUUUAGAAAGAAUCAGUGAACAAAAAUCAAAGAAACGUCGCGGUGUAGGAUGUCGUGCAUCAGCAAGUAGUGUUCAAUCACCUCGAAGAUGUAGCAUUGACCGCGAAACAGACCCAUCUUACAAAGAAAACAUUCCUGACAAUUUAUCCAGAGAAUUUAGAAAAUGUAGACCGCUUCCGCGAAGUUCGAGUGACAACAAUAUAUGCAGUUUAAAAAAUCGAGCCAAGUCAUCAAAAAGUCAUAUAGAUGUAGUUCAAUUUGAAAUAUCAGGACAUACACGACCGCAUGUAGUGUUGCCAUUAUCAGUCGAAAAGGAUAUGAUUAAAUUAAUGUCAUCAAAUACUACUAUGAAUGAUCAUGAGAAAAUAAUCGGAAAUACGAGAAAGACAUUGAUAGGAAGAAGAACAAAGUCGUUAGACAGUGUCGUAGUAACUGAUUGUGAACCAAUAACUCGGUGUCCUUCACCAACACCAAGUAGUGGCGUCGAUAGCAACAAGGACAGUCCUAUUCAAAUUGAAAAUAUUGAUGGAAACAGUAUUGACACAAACGACGUAUCGGAAAAGAGAUCAGUUAUGGCUGGUGGCGGAGUACGUGGAUGGUUACCAGAUGUUGCGGUCGUAUUGUGGAGACGCAUGUUAUCAGCUCUUGGAGAUGUUAAUAAUAUCCAAGAUCCAGUUUUGCAUGGCCAAGUUAUGGACUACUUUAUACAGCUUACUUAUACUUUGAUAAAAAUUCGUUUGAAUCAAGGCGUGUCAAGUGAUUAUCAGGCUACUUUACCUGCUCCAGAACUUAUACCUCCUUUAACGGUCAUUUCACCAUGGUGUUUUAAGGCUAUUCAAUUACCAGCAUCUUAUGAAGUUGGAAAGCUUGCUGCUUAUCGUUUGAUUUGUGUUCUUACUACUCAACCUUUAGACAUUAAUUUACCUAAAGCACAUUUAACAUUAUUUUAUCGUGCCCUUCACUUUGGAAUUAUGAGCAAUGACAUCAAAGUUAUUCAUGUUAUUAUAAAAUAUACUGGCCCGAGAUUAUUUAGUCUUAACUUACCCGGAUCUAGUCUCCUGAUUAUGGACUAUAUCCAUGCAGCGAACAUGAUAUUAGAAAAUCAGGAUAUCGAUGCUCCAAGAACAGAAGCAGUAUCUAUUUUAGGAUCAUUAUUAUCUCUACCGAUUGUGCUUGAAAAGUUGCCAGUUCUCAAAGAGAAUGGAUCAGAUAUUGAAACAUCAACUUGUCCUGAAGCAAAUCAACUUAUUUUAGAAAUUUUGCUUCGGAAUUGUAGACGAGAACCAACUGGUAUCGCCCGUUGUAUUGCUCUUUCAAGCAUUGCAAUGUUUGCUUACAGAGAGUUGUGUCUUCAAUCACAGCAUCCACGAGUUCCUGAAGCGAUAUCAGUACUUCUACAAAGUUUAAAAGCAACACAUCCAUCAGUGGUUCAAACAGCUUGUGAUUCUCUUGGUCUGCUUUGUAACAAGUCAGACGUUCUUUUACAGCUUUAUCCAAAAGUACCAUGUAAAAUAAUUCAGGUCCUCUCAGAAACUUUAGAUACUUUAAGUGCACGUGAACGUCGAAGUUCUUUAAUUACAUCUAUGCUUUUUUGUUUGAGUGAAUGGGCAAUGCAUUUAGGUAUCGUCAUAUUAACCACCACUUUUCAAGGAAAAUCCUUAUUAUUGACACUUUUUACAGUUUUAGAUAAUAUCAUUCACAAUAAGUCUGAUAAAACAAUACAGGAUCAACAUAAACAUAACAGACAUAAGCAUGACGAGAAAGAUGAUUUUAAUCCCAAUAUUAUAGUUGAUAACUUUGGAGAAGAAAGUAACGUUAAUAAAUAUUUCCGACCAACAAAUAUCCAAACUAUUCAAUUAGCUGCUAGGAUGGUAGUAAUGCAUUUAGUCAACCAUUUAGGACACUUUCCAAUGGGAAUCGGUGCAGCUCGUUUAUCAUCCACGAUAGUUGAAUUAGAUGAUGUUCCAGGUAUUGACAGUGAUGAGCUUUCUUCGGCUGUUUUUCACGCGCCAAAUAUCCAACUGUUGAUGCUCUCGAAUUCUAUCAUCAUGUCAUUUGUGGAACUGACAGCACUGAACUCAUCUGACGUAGCACUAGAUUUUGUUACGGCGCCAUCAAUAGUCAGAGUUUUAUUACGGGACUUAGCUGGUAAAGCAGCUUGGGACAGUUCUAUUUUGUAUAACGAACUUUGUGUUAGCAAGGAUACAGACUUUAGCGAGCCAAUGAAAAACAUUGGAUGGCUGUCUUUGCAUUGUGAAGAAAACCAAGAUAAUUCAGUGGAUGUUUUGUAUCCUUUUCAAUCUAUUCCACCCCAUGUUAUAAGACAUCGUGAACCAAACAUCCUUCCAACUUUUGCAAACGCUGCAAGUGACAUGGAUAAUCUAGAUGAUCUUCUUUGCUACAUUGGACAUACGAGUCCUGAAGUACUGACUAAUCCAGAAAUAGCUCUGAACUCUCCAGCGAACCCACCACCGAUUCAUUGCAUGGAAAAUGAAACCAUGGCAACAAUUUUGAAUCAACGUAAUACCGCUCGAGAAUACGUUCCGAACUGUAGUCAGCACAUCAGUGCACCUGAUGUUAUCAUCAACCCAACAUCGCCUAUAGCAUCGGCUCCAUUCCAUCACAGUAGACUCUUUUUCUCGCACUUAGGUCUCUCUGGGUGGGAACAACGGCAAAAGCUUCAUCUUCUCGCUAAAAACGAAAAGCUUCUGCGUGAGCUUCGUAACUUAGACGGACAGCGUUCGCGAGAGACCCAUAAAAUGGCUGUGAUUUAUGUAGGCCCUGGCCAAGAAGACAAAAAUUCUAUUCUCGGUAACGUUAUCGGUAGCAAAGAGUACGAAAAUUUCGUUGCUAGAUUAGCGUGGGAAGUAGAGUUAGAAACGCACACCGGAUUUCUCGGUGGUCUAACACCUGGCAAAGCAUCCGGUGCCACUGCGCCCUACUUCGCGACGUCUUUUUCGGAAAUUUUGUUUCACGUUGCAACUCGGAUGCCAUUAGAUAGUCCAGAAAGUCUUUUACAGAAAACACGUCAUCUUGGCAAUGACGAAAUCCACAUUGUUUGGUCAGAGCAUUGGCGCGACUACCGCCGAGAUAUUAUACCUACUGAAUUUUGCGAUGUUUUAAUUGCAAUCUACCCAUUGCCAAAUAAGUUGUACAGAAUCCAAAUAUCCCGUAAAUCGGAAAUUCCGUUUUUCGGACCGCUGUUUGAUGAAUGUAUAGUAGAAGACCAAGUACUUCCAGGGCUUGUAAGAAUUACUGCCUUAGCAGCUAGUCGAGCUAAAAGAUCUACGUUGUCGUUGUAUCAACACUACUAUGAAGAACGCGCUCGCUCAAUUGAUGUUGUAAUGAGAAACUACAAAGAAUCAACAACAUUUGAGGAAUUCGCUACUAAUAUUUAUUCUCCUGUUCCCCCGAAAAAUUCUUUCAGCGGCGUUUCAUCAGUAACAGACUCCAUUACUACCAGUGUACAAUCUAUAGCAUCUUCAAACCUCGCAGCUGCGCUUCUGGACUCCCACCAGGGAUGCUCUAAUGUUCUUCGCGGCAAUACUGCAUUUAGCGGUAUAGAUGUUCGCAUGAAUAGAGCUUCUGAUGGUAGCAAAGUUCUACAAGACAGCCCAGCUCUUCACGGCAUUUCACCUAGACCAUUGAAAAAAAUGUCUUUCAAAUCAAGUCCAAAGCCAAGAAACAGUAACCAACAUUUAACUCCACCAGACAGUCCAAAUAUGAGUAAAUUUAAAAUCUCAAAUUAAUCGUAAUUUGUCAUCUUAGACUAGUUCAUAGAUUAAAAAUGGACAAUUUAUUACUUUUUAAAAUUUAAAUCAGCUAGAUAAAGGAUUGCUUUUUUAUAAAGAGUCAUGAAAUAAUUAAAAUUAAUUAUUGGCCUCGAAGUUUCAUAUGUUCCGUCCUUAGAUUUACUUUUUUUUGUAUUAACAUUUCAAUUGUAUUUUAUAAUGAUAAGUUAGCAAUAGGACUACAGUUUCGCUGUUUUAUUUAGCAAUAACCAUAAUAUAUUUUACUACAAUACAGUUUGUUAAUUCGAUUUUAUUUUUUAAUUUAUAAUAGCUGUAAAAAAUAUUUAAGAAUUUUUAUUAAUGCUUUUUAACCCUUUGUCAUUCGUAUGAGAGCACGCCGCCGAAUUAAACCGAGCGCGGCGCUGCCGAGUCUCCGAUGUCACACAUAAAUGAAAAAAAUAACUACUUUUGUUAAAAGAUUCAAAUUUUUAUUUAUUUAAAAUUACAAAGUACUUUUUUAUAAUGAAAUCAACCCUGGUAUAU